CAAGACAACAAUAAAUAACACGUGGACCAAUAAAUAACAAAACGAGCACUUCAAUGAACAACAAGAUGAGCUAACCGCCAUGGCAGGCCAAUCAGCCAAUUGUUUUCAGAAUUUCAUUCAUUUCUUUAAUCGCCAAUUUGCAAAAUUCCAGUUGGUUCAUAACUUCAUAUAUAUAGAUAUAAUCGCCUGCAAAUAUAAUACCAAUUUCUGAGAUAUGCUACGAUUACGAUGUUUAUUGUUAACCAGCUGUAAUCCUCUUCCAUUUAACCGCCAAUUUCUUCAUUCUCCGAUCGUAUCGUGUUCGUCAUCAGUUAGAUCGAAGAUGCAAUCGAUCAACUAUACAACAGGAUCUUCAACGAAAUUGCUGUUUCGUCAGCUGUUUGAGAAGGAAUCAUCCACUUAUACUUACCUUCUUGCUGAUGCUUCUCAUCCAGAUAAGCCUGCUUUGUUGGUUGACCCAGUAGAUAGGACUGUGGAUAGGGAUCUAUCUCUUGUAAAUGAUCUAGGAUUGAAACUCGUAUACGCUAUCAACACCCAUGUGCAUGCGGAUCAUGUCACUGGGAGUGGGCUGAUCAAGACUAAAGUUCCUGGUGUUAAGUCUAUCAUUUCCAAAGCAAGCAAAGCAUCAGCCGAUAUUCUCGUUGAAGCUGGUGACAAAAUUCAAUUUGGCGAUCUUUAUUUGGAGGUUCGUGCAACUCCAGGGCAUACAGUAGGUUGUGUUACGUAUGUUACCGGUGAUGGACCUGAUCAGCCUCAACCUAGAAUGGCAUUUACUGGUGAUGCUUUGUUAAUACGUGGAUGUGGAAGAACGGAUUUUCAGGGUGGAAGUUCUGAGCAGCUAUAUGAAUCGGUCCACUCACAGAUCUUUACAUUGCCAAAGGACACGUUCAUCUAUCCUGCUCAUGAUUAUAAAGGGUUCACGGUUAGCACUGUGGGAGAAGAGAUGCUAUAUAACCCUCGCCUCACAAAAGAUGAGGAAACAUUCAAAAGUAUCAUGGAAAAUUUGAAGCUGUCAUAUCCGAAAAUGAUAGACGUGGCGGUGCCAGCUAAUAUGGUCUGUGGGUUGCAAGAUCUGGAGUCGAAAGCUGCUUGAUUUCGAUUGUAUGUUUGAUGUACACCAAUAUAUCUCUUUAUAGAAAAGAUGUAUGUAAAUAAAGUGUUUGCGAGAUUCGCAAACUUUCAGUUUACUGAUGAAUAACUUUACUGGUGCUUCAAGGCUUGUUGCCUUUGCAUUUGUAUCAUUGUUACAAAAGUUAGUCCUGCAUGUGAAAAAUGAGACCAAAGUUCAUUUGAAUGUUUUAGUUGUUA